AUGAAACACCAAUAUUCAAAAUAGUAGGACUCCCAGGAUUACGAACAAAUGCGUGGGGUUGAAGACUUCAAGGACUUGUUCUAGUUGGCAUCCAUAAAUGAUGGAUCCAGUCUGCAGAAGGUGUAGAAAUGGGGAGGAGACCAAGGCUUGGCAAAACAAUUGAAAUCCAAUUAGUUGGUACACGCAAUUGAUUAAUAAAGACAGAAAGGGAUUGAUUCGGAAGCCUAAGUGAUAGAGAACAGAGAGAAGUACGGCAACAACGACCCGAUUGAGAAGGAGUCGGAAUCCUUAUGUGAUUUAAUUUUGGAGUGCUUCGGAGAUACAAUGCUUUAAAUUUUGUUGUUGGCAGCUUUUGUGAGUACGAUAAUUGGAAUGAUAAAUGAAGGUGUGGCAACUGGAUGGACAGAGGGGUAUGUAAAAAUGGUUAAUAGUUAUUUAGAGCAACAAUAUUUUUUGCUGUGUUUUUGAUAGUUUCAAUAACAGCUGGUAAUAAUUAUUUAAAAGAAAGACAAUUUUAGUAAUUGCGCAGAAGAUUGGAUGAAGGAAUAGUAUAAGUAGUAAGAGGAGGAAUAGUGGAGAUCUCAAUAAAGGACAUAGUAGUUGGAGAUGUUCUCUAAUUUGGGAUUGGAGACAUGUUUGCAGUGGAUGGUAUGAACAAUAACAAUAUCAAAAGGGUUGAUGAUCCAGGGAUCUUCAGUGAAAGUGGAUGAAUCUGCAAUGACAGGGGAAUCUGAUGAGAUAAAAAAGUUACCCUUUAGUGACAUAAUUCAAUAAUCAAAAUUACCCUUAGACAAUCAUCAUUGUAGUCCCUUUUUGAUUAGUGGCACUAAAUGUCUAGAUGGAAAUGGUUACAUGCUCGUAUUGCAGGUUGGAUAAAAUACAGUUUAAGGAUAGUUGAAACUAUUGUUAAACUAAGAUAAUCCUCCCACUCCACUCCAACAAAAAUUGGAGGGAGUGGCUGAAGAUAUUGGUAAAUUGGGAACAUUAGUAGCCAUCUUGACAUUUGUAGCAUUGAUGGGACAUCUAAUCUAUGAUGUGUUUGUCUUACAUAAGCAUGAUUUCUUGACCUUGAAAUCACUCUCAUUUAUCAUCGAUGCAUUUAUGAUUGGAGUAACUAUCAUAGUGGUUGCAGUGCCUGAAGGGUUGCCACUUGCAGUGACUAUAGCUUUGGCCUAUUCAGUAGGAAAGAUGAAGGAUGAAUAAAAUUUAGUGAAGAAUCUGGCAUCUUGUGAAACUAUGGGAGGAGCCAAUAAUAUUUGCAGUGAUAAAACAGGGACACUGACUUAAAAUAUCAUGUCAGUUACUACUAUUUGGAGUGAAAAUAAUUUCAUAACUAAGGACCAAUUUACUUAAAAUAAUUAGAUGUCAAAACAAACCGUAGAAAUAAUGGCUGAGUCUAUCUGCUAUAAUUCGAAUGCUAAUCCAACCAAAGAUAAAAAUAGUAACAGAUGGAUACAAAUUGGAAAUAAAACAGAGUGUGCUUUGAUUGAAUUAGCUGAUCUCUUUGGAUUCAAAUAUGGCAAUUAUAGACAAAAUGACAAGAUACUCAGACAAAUCCCCUUCAGUAGCAAAAGAAAGAAGAUGAGCACUGCUGUCCUCAACUAAAAGAAUCAGACUGUUAGAAUAUUUACAAAAGGAGCUUCAGAAAUCAUAUUGGCACAAUGUUUCAAAUAUGUUUCAAAAGGUGGAAAUGAAGUGUUGCUUGAUAAAACAAAGAAGGAUGAUAUUUUACACAAUGUAAUUGAAUAAUAUGCUUCUCAAUGCUUAAGAACUAUAGCCAUAGCUUACAGAGAGUUUGAACCUCAGAGUUCAAGUUUUAAAGGUUCUACUGUUAAUAUGAAGGCUCAUAUUCAUCAAAUUCCAGAAGAUGAAUUGGAUAAGGAUUUAACAUUAAUUGCUAUUUGUGGUAUAAAGGAUCCCAUUAGAGCAGAUGUUCCAAAUGCAAUCAAAUUAUGCAAUCAAUCUGGAGUGAUUGUGAGAAUGGUCACUGGAGAUAAUAUCAUUACUGCAUAAUCCAUAGCCAAGGAAUGCGGCAUUUUGGAGUAAGGCAGAGCUCAAUAGGAAUUUGAAGUAAUUGAGGGCAAGAAGUUCAGAGAGUUGGUUGGAGGGUUGAUGACUGUUAAGGAUGAUGAAGGUAAGGAAAUUAAGAAGAUUAAAAAUAUGCAGAUCUUCUCCAAAAUAAGCAGAGAAAUGAGGGUUAUGGCCAGAGCUUCUCCGGAAGAUAAAUACUUAUUAGUUACUGGGUUAAUUGAGGAAGGCAAUGUUGUGGCUGUCACAGGAGAUGGUACUAAUGAUGCCCCUGCUUUAAAGAAGGCAGAUGUAGGGUUUGCUAUGGGAAUUACUGGAUCUGAUGUUGCCAAGGAUGCUGCAGAUAUCAUCCUUAUUGAUGAUAACUUCAACUCAAUUCUUACAGGUAUAUUUAUUCAUGAAUGUGAUUAGCUAUGAUAUGGGGUAGGAACAUCUAUGAUUGCAUAAGGAAGUUUAUUUAAUUUUAAUUAACUGUCAAUUUGGUGGCACUCUUCAUGUCUUUUACAGGCGCUGUGAUAUUAAAGCAAUCUCCCUUAAAUGCAAUUGAGAUGCUAUGGGUCAACUUAAUUAUGGACACCUUUGCAUCCUUGGCUUUGGCUACCGAACCUCCAUCAAUCACAGUUUUGUCAAGAUUACCAUAUAAGAGAACAGAUCAAAUAGUUUCCCCAACUAUGUACAGAACGAUCGUUGGAGCUAGUUUCUAUUAGAUAACUAUUCUCUCCUUUAUUCUAUUCUUGUUACCACAUUACAUAGAUUGUUCUUUGCCACCAGAACUUGUUGGUUAGAAAGUAAAAUAGUUGAUUUAUAUAUAAGUAUCCUUCAAAUGUAGUGCAAAUGAGCAUCUUUUUCUAAGCGUUUGUUUUGAUGCAAGUGUUCAAUUCGAUUUCAUGUAGACAAUUAGAUUAUCAUACAAAAAACCCCUUUUCAAAUUUUUGUAAUAAUCCAUUGUUUUGGAUCGUUUAAACAAUUACAGUUAUAGUUUAGAUCUUACUAAUUCAAUAUGGUGGGAGAUAUGUGAAGGUGUCCCAUCUGACUCUGUCUUAGCAUAUACUGUGUUUCGGAUUUGGAGUAUUUGGAAUAGUUUUUUCAUUGCUAUUUAAAUUUAUACCCGAGAGCAUCUGUCAAAAGAUUCAUAUUUUCAGGGAGGAUGAGGUCAAGACAGAAAAGAUGGAUGAUACGCUGACAAGUAGAUUAAGGAGGAAGUCAACAAUGCGUUUGCAUACUAGUUAAAGGAGUAAAGUAGAGGGUGGGAGUCUAUAAAAGAUGAGUUCAUAAAAGAUAUGAAUAUAUUUAACAUG